UGAGUUAUGUCAACAUGGUCAAUGUCUAUGAACGAAGCUGAUUGAAGACUGAAGUAAACUCUCUUUUAUAGAAUUAGAAAGUUGGACCUAAUAUACUGAUGUUUAUCAAACCUAGUUAGAAGUUGCAUCCGAUUCCAAAAUGAGGAUUAGCCAAGUUGCAAGAGAUCGAAAUUUGAUAAAAUUUCCGCAGCCUUAUAAAGAAGAAACACCCUACAAAGAGAGAGAUUUUGAACCAAAAGUUAGAGAUGCUUGUCUUGCCAAUAAGACUGGAACAGUAGGACUUCAGGUAUCCAAGGUGAUAGUUGUUGGAGAUGUGUCGGUCGGCAAGACGUGCCUGGUCAACCGAUUUUGCCACGAGGUUUUCGAUCGUGACUACAAGGCCACCAUAGGAGUGGACUUUGAGGUGGAGAGAUUUGACGUUUUAGGGAUACCAUUCAACCUUCAGCUGUGGGACACGGCAGGGCAGGAGAGGUUCAAAUGUAUAGCAGCUGCCUACUACAGAGGAGCACAUGUUGUUGUGAUCGUGUUUGACAUGAGGGAAUCGUACACGUUAGACCAUGCCAAGAGGUGGUAUCAAGAAUCACUACUCGAGAACAGUCAUGAUCCUCACAUAUUCCUGGUCGGAACCAAGCGAGAUUUAUGUGAAUCACAUGAAGAGGUUCAGAAGGUUGAAGAGGCUGCUAUGGAGGUAGCUAGAGAGAUCAAGGCUGAAUACUGGUCUGUGUCUUCAUUGUCAGGCCAGAACGUGGAAGAAUUUUUCAACCGUCUUGCUGGAAUAACGUUCAAUGCAUCAGUACUGAAAGCCCUGGAUGAUCUUGAGGCCAAGUCAGCUAGUAGGCAGAUCGCCAUCGCACAGAGCAGUGAAAACAGGAUAAAGUUGACACCUGAUGAUAUAGAUGGUGGGCCAGGAUAUAAGAACAAAAAAGCUGGAUGUUGCAACUGAGUUGGUUUCUCUGGGACUUCUUGAAGCAUCGGAACAUGUUAUGAGCCUUAUCGCCCUACAUAGGGAAAAACUAAUCGGACACGAUCAGAUCGGCCUCUUGCUUCGACGGUUUUGCCACUCGGACUCUUUCUGGCUCUACUGACCACCUCUACGUAAGGUUGACAGAGGUCAUUUUUAUGAAAGAGUUUUUUUUGCGUACAAGACGAUUAUUUCUGUCCGCAUGUGGCUCUUGCCAAGUUUCAUACAGGGGCGUUUUCAUGGAUUUUCAUGGCGAAGGACUUAAACAAGUUACUCAAGCAGGGAGAUUUCCACAGACCCCCGUCCACUGUGCGAGUGGUUGCAGAUUUUAGUUUUCUGUGAUGAUGACGAUUCUAUGAGUCAAGUUGCAUGAGUGCUUUUAAUUGUUAUUUAGAACCUUCAGUCAUGCUUAAGUCCUUGUUGUGACAUUAUCAGCCAUUAAAGCAAUAAUUUGACAUAGAAAUGCAUCAAAAUGAUAGGUGGAGGGGUUUACUACCACUGCAUUGUCGUUCUAAUCAAUGCAAACAGGCCCAAUUUCGCUCAGUUCACGUUGUAGGAUUUUGAGAGCAUGCAAUGCAGCGAUGGGCCUUCCUGUUUGCAGGCAAAUGCCUGAAAGUGAUGUCGCUCAUCGUGGCACUUGUUCCGAUUGCGACAAAUCGAAAGCUCCGUACUAAUGCUAAGCUAAGAAGAACACAGAAGUGUUUGGUUCCUCCCCCUAAGACUCACCUAUAAAGCCUCCUUCAGAUUUGAUGCAGUAAACUUAAGCGUAGAACACUUUACACGUCUGUAUCGUAUAACAGAGAGCUACACGUUGGACCCUUGUUGUGCACAAUCGCCAUUCUUUUACACAUAAUGAAAAAAGAAAUGCCCCUUACUGCUUCAUUUCUAAACUAGGCUUAAGAAUCGUGCAUAGAUGUGCUACCUGUGCUGAUGAAAUGUCAAGUCAUCGGAAAGAUCAUUUAAUAUAUUUUCUUGUGGUUUGAGUACAUUAACACCAGUUUUACCAAAUGUCUUGUUAUUGUAACGUCAUGUUUACCAUAAAAAAUAAUUGGGAUACUAAUAUGUCUUUUGUAGCUUUGGUCAUUUGCACAUAGGUAAAAAGCAAAUUAUAUACUUUAUUUGAGAGUGUGCUUUCAUGCCUUGCAUUGAUAUUGUUUCCGCAAUAUUUUACGCUUGAAGAUUUGUCUCAAACUCUUUUUUGGUUGAAUAGGUAAGUUUAGUUUAGUUUGGGUAAAUACUAAAGGGCAUUUAGCUAUUGUACUAGGUGUAGAAGAAAAAAUGUUGACAAUUUUGAUCAUUAAUAACUCAAAAGUUAGAUCUUGUAUCAGACUGAGGUUUGGACAUUGAUAGGUUGAAGGGUGUCAAAUUUAUCUGCGUUAAGUUUGUGAGAUUUCUGUGUACACUCUUCUUCUCAAAACAGUGUUCUGAAUAUUGAAUAAGAUUGUCUUUUUUCUUCAAAUAAUCAAGGCUAUAGAAUAUAUGUGUGUCAGCAAUUAGUUCAGAUCACAAUGAUGCCACUGUGCAUUACACCUGUUAUUUCUGCCACCCUUUUGCUAUCCAUUGUCAUGAAUGAUUAUUAAUAAUAAUAGUAAUAAUAGGCAAUAUGUAGCGCUGUCUAUCUAAACAAUUCUAUUCCGGGACGCAUAAGAAAAAUAGAAAGAUUAAGAGAGUUUGGAUGAAUGUCAUAGUGCGAAGGUAUUGUAAAAAAAAAAAGAGAUUUCAGCUUGGAUUUGAAGGUCUCUAUAUUCAUGACUCUGGGUUCCAAGAGCUACUCUAGAAUUUCAGCUGCCAUGCUCAAUAGCAAUCAUUAUAUUCUGAAAUAAUCACUUGAUACACACACCGAUUUUGAAGCCCUGAUUUUUCACUAAAAAGUGAAAAUCUAAUUAAAUAUUCAAAGCAUUAUUUUAGGAAUAGUAUUCAUAGGAAUUUUUAUCUGACUAAUGAUGCCCCAAAUAAAUUUGACAUCGUACAACUUAACAAUAAGAAAACUUGAUUUUGAUAUGAGUUUAAUAUAGAUUUUCAGUCUUAUUUAACAACAAUUUUUUUCUUUCUUUUUCCUUACACUUUAAUAGUAGUUGAUACAUCGUAUUUGUCAGGUGAUCUACAAGUAUACGUAGGAUCAACUCAGAUGAAAACUUGAAUAGAAUCAAGUCAAAUUGCUAUUGUCAAAACAUUUACAAGAAGGCUUUAAUGUUACAUACAUUCUUUUAGAAAAUUCAGCUUGCUGGUCAAGUUAUCUGCUUUAUUUUUUGUUCACUUUGGGUUUACUUUAUUUUGAAAGUUAUUAGUUUGUACAUAAUUGCACAGUUAGCUUCAGUAGUGAAGUCAUCUUUUGAUCAAAUUGUUUUUUAAUUAUUUUAGUGCUGUGUGUGAAAUUCGAAGAGAAUCUCAAGUACUUUUUGACUCAAAUCGGUCAUGUGCCCAAAGUCAGUGGAAUUUAGUAAAAGGUAUCUAACAAUAAUAAGAUAAUUAAGAUAAUAAAAAAGUUCUUCAAAUUUUGAUACUGCUAGUUAAUUGCCUUUAAUCAUGAGUUCAUCUCAGAUUCAAUUUUUUUCUCUUUACUUUUACCCUCCCUCAUUCUAUGAAAUUCAAAAUAAUUUAUUGCUGUCUAAUCUGAUAUUACGCGAGAGAAAUUCUCUUUAUUAAUCUUGUGCUUCAUCAUUCUUUUGCCAAUUCAAUGUUGCACACGCAUACUUCACUUCAUCUAGAGCUCAAUCAUAACUUUGUUUUCACAAUUUUAUUGUUUUCAAUUUCUUUCAAUUUCUUGUUUUCAAUAAUGUUUAUACUUUCCUUCUUUCAUAAAAUAAUUGUGACAAUAUGAUUUUAUAGAUCAAGUUUAUAUCUGCUCAGAACUUUCAUCUAUCCAGCAGAAUAAAUCGUACUCUUACUAUCAUUUCACAUAGGAGGCGGAAACACAUUGUUCCAACUUUUGAUAUGGGCUAUAGUGUACAUGUAUACUUUUCAUAUACAUAUUAUAUUUUUCUGGACCUUUUAGCUGAAGCUUAAGUGUGCUCAAAAAAUUGUUCCCAUACCAUUCUAUAUCAUUUGCAGUUUUAGUACAGAAAUAAUACUUGAUGGCAGUUUGAAAGGGCAUUUAAACUGUAUUUUCUCAAGUUUUCUUUCUUCAAAUUUACUAGAAUGACAUUUUUUGUUCAUUUUUGUUUGGAUUUUAUAAAGUCAGAACCCAUAUUGAUUGUGUGAUGAAAAACAUACAUACGAUAUUCACCCCUUGAAGUUCUGAUGAAGGUUCAAACUUUUAUCUUUUCAAAUACAUGUACAUCUUUGCUGUAUUCCUUUACUCCAUAUUUUAAUACUUUCUUCAUCACAAAAUUAAAUGAAGACUACCGGUAAUACUUUUAUCCAUUUUCACGUUAAUAGAAUCAGAAAACGUCCACUCUGUGGUGAAGACAUUAACUGUAUCAUUUGGUUCUUUGUACUUUUGCUUUAAGCCUCGGUCACAAAUGCCAUUACGAACUGCUACGAACGCCGUACGAACGAUUUUCAGACAAUGGAAAUUUGGGAAGACAAUGGAAAAACAAUGAUUCGUACGAAAUAAUCGUUCGUACGAACGUUUGUGAUCGUAGCAUUAUAUAUAUAUAUAGAGAGUCUCUGUAAAAUUCAAGAUGGUUUGUUGUGCAUUUACCCCAUUGCCUACUGGAACCUGGUAGUACCUGUAUAAAGCCUUUUAUGAGUGAGAGAAUUCAGUAGUCCACAGAUUAAUAGUCAGGUGCUCAUAUCUCUAUGUAUCAUGUCAGGUAGCUAUUUGACCGUUUACAGGUGCAUAAUAUCUAGUCAUGUUUACCCGUAUAUAGAAUUUAAUGUAAAAGAUGUAAAAAUUGGCAAAUUGCUACCGGUAUAUAUAUUAUUUUUGUGGCUUGUUUAUAAUUGAAAGACCACUUUCCAUCUCCCAACGUUCCCUUGUGGUUCCUCGUUGCGUGAAGAUAUGUUUGUUUUUCCCCUCCGACAUUCUUUUCUGUUUAUUAUUUCAGUUUUAUUCAGCUGCUGCAAGUAAUGGUUCUGGAACUUCUAAUGCUACAUUAUCUCACCUGUCUUGUUAAUGUAUACGGUAUGCAAAAUUGCAAAUGGUUUUGUUUUGUUGGGUUUACGCCAGUUUUUUAAAUUAAGCUAAGUAUGCUCCAUAUUUUUUCUAUUUUCUGAUGAGUGCUCUAGCCAAAAGUAAAGAUAUAGUAUUAUAACCUAGCAUUUCUACAGAAACUCAAUAAAUAUGAUCUUUGUAUUUGUAUGGAGUUGUUUUGAUCAUAGCCAUCGUGGAAAUUGGUUCAAAAUCAAAUACAGGUAGAAUGUAAUGCAUCAAUAUGAAUGCACAACCUCUUUUGAAAAAAAGUGAUGUUGAAACACAAAUGAAGAACAAUGCAAGUUGAUUUUGAACCAAUUAGUAUCACAUUUGUCAUCUUCAGUACUUGUUUUUGCAUUUUAGCAGAUUUCAUUUGUUUGUAGUUUUUAGCAUUCACUACAUGUAGAUUCCAUGAGAAUUUAAAUAUUUUGUCAAAAACUAAAACCCUUAUUAUUCACGAGUCUGUCAAAAUAAUGAGACCAAAUUGAAAGUGGUGUCUGGAAAGGAGAAGAUAAAGCAAAUGAUACGUGGGAAUAUUUUGAUCAUAAAGUGUAAGGGGACCCUUGUUUUUAAAUGUAUGCUCGUAUGUAUCAGCUCAUGUAUCCUAAACGUAUUAUACUACCAGUAUAACCAUUAUCUCCAUGGUAUAACUCUAUACAUUUUACAUCGCUAUAGGAAAAAAUAUAUAGCUUCCAUGUAGCUCCAUAUGAAAUAUAUUCUUGUUAUCUUUCCCUUUGCUGUGUUCUCUUUAUAUUAUUGAAAUAUAUUUAUCCCUUUCAUAUAUGCUCUUCCAUUUUAAGCUGAAAUCAUGUUCAAUUCACUGUUUGCUUUAUUAGUAAUACCGGUAGUUAAAGUUUGGUGACCUUGUUUGAUAGUUUCGAGACGUCAAAAGAUCAUACUUCUCUCUCCUCAGUAACUAUGUGAUUUAUAUAUUUUUUAAGAGUAUAUUUUUUCAUGUUUCUCUUCAUAUUAUGUAAUUUUUAAAGCAAUAUGGUACUUUUUUGUUUUUAAAGAUCCUAAAUGAACGAUAUUACUAUUUAUUAGUAGUAAACAGUAAGGUCAUAAUUCAUUCUAGUAAUCCCACUGGUCUGUAAUAAGUCUUUAUAGAAUGAGCAAUAGAAUAAUUUGCUCUUUUUACAUACUCUCAAGAAUUUUUGAAAUUCUUAAUCACAGUACCAUUUACAUGUAGGUAUAUUUUUCAAGUCUGGAACUAGUAUAAAUAACUAUUGUUCUUUUUGUAACAUUUCAAAUAUAACUACACUUAUCUUUAUUACUAGCACUCUUUGUUAUAAAUUAUCUUACAACUUUUUCUUUCUGAAUGCAAGUACACUAGAGCCCUAUAUCUAUUUUCAACAAGGCUUUCCCACAAAGCAAUAAUUUUGUGUCCUACAUGUUAACCUAUCUUGCAAGUUCUAUUUUUUGCAAGUUAUGAUUUUUAUUCUCUUUUUUGUCCAACGAUUGUUAGCACUUUUAACUUUGAUAACCAUUUCCGCAAUUAGGAUUCACCCAAAAGGAAAAAAAAAAUGCUGCCAGGAUAUCUUUGAAAACACUUGAAUGAAUAUUUGAGUGAGUGAUAAGGAUUUCUUUAUUCUAUUUCAUAAUAAUGCAAGUGUACUUGAUGUUCACUUAUCAUGUGGUCAAUUGAUUUUGUCCUCACGUAGAUGGAAAGAUACACUGGAUAUAGAUCAUAACUUUGUUUUUCUAUUUUUAUCAAUCUUUCUUAUCAGAUUUCAGUCAGGUGCUGUGCAUGUAAUGUCAUUCUACUGCAUUUACUUUCACUAUCGAUCCCUCAUUAAAAACA